GGUCCUGGGUCCACUACUACCGGGCGCUACCCAGCGGUCUGGAGAUUUAAAGGAGAAAUAGCUUUCGCUCUGCAACCCGAUACUGCCUGCGGCCCAGAUGGAGAGAGCGAUGGCUCAGCUGCUGCGCAGCAGAGCGCUGGUAAGAAAAAACUUCCCAACUUGCCUGCGUUCUUGGAAGAUUCCUCCUCGCGCCUUAAGAUCUUCCCAGCCAGAGGCUGUCUGCAGCGCAACAAGCAACGGACUACCCUACGCACCCCUGCAGAUGUUUAAGGACGAGGAGGUGCUGAUACAGAGCAGCGUUAGAAAAUUUGCCCAGGAGCAGGUCGCUCCUUUGGUUUCAAGAAUGGAUGAAAAUUCAAAAAUGGAGAAAUCAGUGAUACAAGGAUUGUUUCAACAAGGGCUGAUGGGCAUCCACAUGGACACCAGGUACGGAGGGACAGGGGCUUCCUUCACCUCCUGCGUCCUGGCAGUGGAGGAAUUGGCCAAAGUCGAUGCGUCGGUGUCUUUGUUGUGUGAUGUGCAGAACACGGUGGUCAACGGGCUGUUGAGAAAACAUGGGACAGAAGACCAGAAGGCCACCUAUUUGACCCAGCUAACUACAGAAAAAGUAGGAAGUUUCUGCCUUUCAGAGGCUGGUGCAGGUAGCGAUUCGUUUGCUUUGAAGACCAGAGCAGAUAAAAAGGGAGAUUUUUAUGUUAUCAACGGCUCCAAGAUGUGGAUCAGCAAUGCCGAGCAUGCCGAGAUCUUCCUGGUGAUGGCGAAUGUGGACCCUUCCCAGGGGUAUAAAGGAAUUACCUGCUUCAUAGUUCAUCGGGAUACUGAAGGCUUUCAUAUAGGGAAAGCAGAAAACAAACUUGGAGUCAGAGCUUCUUCCACCUGCCCAUUAACAUUUGAAAAUGUCAAGGUUCCAGAAGCUAAUAUCCUGGGGCAAAUUGGACAUGGCUAUAAGUAUGCCAUAGGGAGCCUCAAUGAAGGCAGAAUAGGAAUUGCUGCCCAGAUGCUGGGAGUGGCUCAAGGAUGUUUUGAUUACACUAUUCCAUAUAUUAAAGAAAGGGUACAGUUUGGCAAAAGAUUAUAUGAUUUCCAGGGCCUCCAGCACCAAGUGUCUCACGUGGCCACCCAGCUGGAGGCCGCGAGGCUGCUGACGUACAACGCCGCUCGCCUUGUCGAGGCCGGAAGGCCGUUCAUAAAGGAAGCAGCUAUGGCCAAAUACUACACAUCAGAGAUCGCAGGAAUGACCACGAGUAAAUGUAUCGACUGGAUGGGAGGCAUAGGCUAUUCCAAAGAUUACCCUGUGGAAAAAUACUUCCGAGAUGCAAAGAUCGGUACAAUAUAUGAAGGCGCUUCAAAUAUCCAGCUGAACACCAUCGCGAAGCUCAUUGAUGCGCAGUACUGAUGGCCGCGGGCGCGCCCCCCCCACCCCCGCCCCCGGGGCUACUGGUGUCAAGUUCUAAACUCUUGUGCCUUUCGGGGGGAGUUAACCACCAGAGCGUUGAAGUAAUUUAUGUAAGUCCUCAGUCAUGAGUCUUGGGGGAGACCUUUUCUGUAUUAUCUUUCAGGUCUGCCUAACUUAGGUACAGGAAAUCAUUUUUAAAAUUUGGGAAGAAUUUCCCAUGUCAUCUUGAGAACUUUUCUGUUAAGUUCUAUAGCUAUUUUUCUAGCUCCAGGGUAUACACAAGUUUCCCUCUAUCAAUAUUUGGAGACUUGGAUGGCUCUUUUAUUAUUCCUAUUAAAUACUUAUUUUGUGGCAUUUGAAAUACUUGUUACACUUGGCAGUUCUAAGGACAAAUAGAUUCAGUUUUAAGCUACUACACUAGGUAGAAACUGAUAAAAAUUUUCCUUAGAAAAAUCUAAAAAUUCUAGUUCUAAAUGCCUGAGAAUGGAUGGAAAAUAAGGGUAUAAAUCUAAGUCAUAAAUGAAAGAAACAUUAUUUAGCAUAGCAUUUGUAAUGGUAACCUUUGUAAAAGAGGUAUUUCAUGAUGGUUUCAGCAGAUCAUUUUAAAAACAAUUCUCUGCAUUAGUUUUACACUUGAUCUUAGCCAAAAGGCCGAGAAGUGAUUACUGCAUUAGUUUUAAAGUGUAAAGCUCAAAUAAUUUCAUUUAUAAUCAGAAUAUGUUUAAUAUUAUAAUAUUCAUUCUCAUGCACUAUUUUUCAGGAAUAAAAUUUUUCUCUGUGAUAAAUCGAAUACUGUUUCCUCCAGUGCAAUUAUUGGGCUUUAUCAGAACUAAUACUUCAGAAGUUAAGUUUUGGUUGGUUCAGUGAUUCUUAAGAGGGACCUGUCUUGUCUCCACAAAGAACUACAUCAAAAUCUCAUAAGGAAUGAGGGGUAGCGGGGGGCUGUAGAGUUUGAAAAAGCAUAUUCAGUAAUAUAAAAACAUAUAAAAAUAAUUUUAUAUCUCGAAAAGCAAAAAUAAAUGUAUUGCUUUGCAAUGCCAAUUAUAGAAAGGCAAAGGCCAAGAAAAUAUCUAACUGGUGCCAUUUCUUCAUAUUGGGGAUUCCCAGGUGAGAGGGGCUCCCAGGUAUAGAUCCUGAGUUCCCCUCGGGAGGCAGUGGAGAGUAGGAAGUUGAGAGUUGUAUAUUUCCUCAGAGUGGCCGUGGAUACGAGAUGUUGGAAUAUGUUUAGAGGCUGAUAAUCAUUGUUGAAUGGGAAGCAUUUUAGUGCUUAAAUGAAAAUACAGUGUUUAUUAAGAAAACCUGAGAUUUUCAAAGUAAUUUUGUUUUGUACAGUCAUGUUGAUUGAAUUGGAUUAAUUUCUCUACUGCAAAUCAUAAUUAAAUAUGCAGAAUUGCAUAAAUACAAUUGAGAUAGGAGUUCAGUAUUGCUGGUUAACUUGAGGUUCAGGCUGUCACCAGGCUCAGAAGGCAGAGACUUGAACAGAAGCACCAAGGUACCUCUUGCCUUGCGAAUGUGAUGGGGUGGUGCUGGACUCAGCCCAGCUGCCAAGUCAUUGUUGUUAGUGAUCUCAUUUUACAGCGUGAAAAUGAAUCAGUGUCAAAGAAAGGUAACCUAGAAAGACUGUAGAGAACCAUCCAGCCAACUCUCCCAUUUUGGAAUGAAGGAUUCCCAGCACAGGAUACUUGCCUGAGGCCAUCUAUCCAGGGACAGGGACAAGGCAAGAAUCCAAAUGCUGGCUCCCAGUUCAGUGUUCUUCCUAGCCUUUAAUGUUGUCUCUGUUCAGCAAGUUUGAGAGGUCAUCCUUGUUGUGUAUUUCAGUCCUAUUAUUGAUUUAUUUUAGGUUUAACUGAUAAAGAAUUAACAUUACAGAAGUGUUAUGGUUGGCCAAUGUCAGUGCUUACGUAUAUGUAUCAGCUGCCAAAGACCAUGGCUUUCUUCAGUUGUAGCUGCUAUGUCAUAUGUGAAGGUUAUUUUGUGAGAUCAGUUGGUUUUAAGGUUAUGAUUUAUUUUUUAAAUGCACUACUUAUAUCCUUGCUGAUGUAUUUUUUGGUGCUCUUUUGUGAAGUGAAAGACGUGUUUCAAUGGUAUAUGUCAGACUGGAUUCAUUAUUACAAAAUCAGAAUUCUAUGGAGAAUGAAAAAUAAAGUGCUAAGUUAACUGGAGACUUGCUAUCUGUUAAGCAAAACUGUUUGUUAUACACACAGAUAAAGUAAGAAAAUAAUUUAAACUUCCUGCAAGAUAGACACAACAUCUUUGUAUAUUCGUGCCGAUGGUUUGCCUCUCAUGUAAGCCAAUCUUGUUUGUUUUCAGAGAGGAGGUUUUAUAAUAAAGAUCAAGUUUAAAUUAUUGAUGCUAAAGAAA